CUGUCGUCUCUGGUGCGGUGUUGUGCCAGUGAUGCCAGAUUUGUCUCCUAGUCGUAAUCAAUUGCAAUCAAUUUAUGGCAUCCCUGAUACUGGGUCCUGAAUAUAAGUGAGCUUCGAUGUGAUAAUAAACAUCGAAUUAUAAUGAUGUCGGCGAUACCUGGAGGCACAAUGCCUUCGCAAACUAAGGAUAACCUUAGUUUUUUACAUGCUUUUAUAGCUUCCUUAUCAGUCAUUGUCGUUUCUGAACUAGGCGACAAAACUUUCUUCAUUGCUGCUAUUAUGGCAAUGAAACAUCCUCGAAUGACUGUUUUUGUUGGAGCGAUUAGUGCCUUAGGAUUGAUGACUGUCCUUUCAGUAAUGUUUGGAUAUGCUGCAACUAUAGUCCCUCGUGCUUAUACGUACUAUAUCUCUACUGCGCUUUUUGCUAUAUUUGGUUUAAAAAUGCUAAGGGAUGGUUAUUAUAUGUCCGCAACAGAGGGACAAGAAGAAUUAGAAGAAGUACAGACUGAUUUAAGAAAACGAGAAGAUGAGUAUGAAAAGGAAACAGGAAGCACGCUAGUGCAAGAUGUAGAAACUGGUAUCAUUAGAAAAGCAACAAAAAUCAGUGCAUUGAUGCUUCUCUCUAGGAUAUUUCUUCAAGCAUUUACUCUAACAUUCCUUGCAGAAUGGGGAGAUCGCUCACAACUUACAACAAUUAUACUUGCAGCCAGAGAGGAUGUGUAUGGCGUUAUUGUAGGUGGAGUAUUAGGACAUUCAUUCUGUACAGGAUUAGCAGUAUUAGGUGGUAGAAUGAUUGCUCAGAAGAUUUCAGUACGAACAGUGACCAUAAUUGGUGGAUUAGUGUUCCUACUAUUUGCUUUAACAGCACUUUUUAUCAGCCCUACAGAAGAUACGUGAUACAAUUGAUAGUAUUCAUAUUCUUAAGUGGAAGACAAUAUUGUACAUAUUCUUCACAUUCGAAAGUAAACUGUACACAAAAACAGUUUUUAACAAAAUUAUGGAAGGUAAUUAGUCCUAAUACCUUGCUAGCAUUUUUUAUUUUACAUCUAUCUGCAUGGCGACUUUUAGUAUAAAUAUUUAAAAAUCAUAUGAUUCAUAUUAUAUCCGCGCCUCCCAUAUUCAAGAAGAUUGAGUCAAACGAGAAAACGUAACGUAGAGCGUGGGAGAUUAGUCAUGUAAGAAAAGCGGUUGACUGGUGGGAUCGAAUAUUCGUGCCUUAUUUUUCGUUCAGACUCUUACAUAUAUACUUUAGAAAACAUUCAUAUAAAUAAAUAGUCCUUACUCUGAUUACAGAAUAAUAUAAUGCAAUCGGUGAUACACAUGCGUAUUAUGAGUAUUAAAUAAUUAUAUUAUUCUGAUUGUCCAAAGUUUGUAAAUUAAUAAUGCCUUAUAUUUUGAUAUGUUUUGCCACUGAUAAUUCAUCUUAAUCAUUACAUCCGUAUAGAUUACAGUAACCUCGAAAAACUAUGUCUUUUAUUAUUUUGUAAAAUAUGUACACUCAAAGUAUUUAAAAAAGAGUAUUUGUAUAAGAGAAUUAUUUUCUGUAAAUAGAUAAGAAUAAAUUUACCGUAUUAACAAACUUACAUGGUGUUUUUUUUUUUUUUGUUUUUUUUUUUUAAUUUAAAACUAUAAUUAUUUCAAGUUCGUCUUCGAUAUGAUAAACUAAUCUGAAUGUAAUUUCUAUUUUAUUUUUUAAUGGGAGACAUAGAAACUAGUAUUAUAGAAUUAUGCAAUAACAAUUGUUGUUGAUAAUUAAAUUCGAAUGAUCACAAAGUACUUAUAUACAAUAAUUCCUUGCUUAAAGAUAGAAUUCUAGUAGAAAGCUAGAAAAACUGAAUCAACCACAUUACUCUUUACGUUUUUUAAACUUUCGCAACCAGCAGUCAUGAAAUAAAAAAACUAAUGCAAAGUAAAAACUUUUGUAUUUCUCAUUGUACAACCCCGUCAAUAAAGGAAUACUGUUGACGGACGGCAAAAAAUGAUUUCACAUCAGUAGAUAUAAAUCGUUUACAUCACCAAAAUGAAUCCUAGAAAAAGAAAGCCCGAAACUUUCUGAAACAUUCUGUAUUUACUGUAUUCUGCUUUAAAAGUGUAACUACAUAUAUACAUAUGCGUUAAUGCAACUAAAUUUAAUGUAAGAUAUUAAUGUAUAACACGUGUUAUAACGAUUCAUUUUGUAUUAUGUCUUGUUAGUAGAUAUAAAUACAAUAGUUUCCUAAGCAAGAGUUUAUAAUAUAAUCAUAAUGUAACAUAUAAUAUAAUGUAAUAUAAUUAUAAAAUAUAAAUACAAUAUUUUCCUGAUUAUAUAUUUUUAAAAAUAAAAUUUUUUCGAAGAACGUUAAAAA